ACCAUACAUUCCUUAUCUCAUCCACAAAAACACACCAUACACUCUAAAAGUCCACCAAAUAUUUAAUCCCAACUUCAUCUCCAUCGUAUUACUUGAUUUCCCACCACCAACACCAACAAAAAACAAUGGCCGCCAUCACCUCCGCCGCCGUCUCCAUCCCAUCCUUCACCGGCUUGAAGUCCGCCGCCUCUUCUUCCACCUCCGCCAAGCCCGUCUCGGUCCGCAUGGCCGCCCCCAGGGCGUCCGUGCGGGCGUCCCUCAAGGACUUCGGCCUGGCGGUGGCAGCCACGGCCGCCACCGCCAUCGUGGCGAGCAACGCUCUCGCCCUGGAGGUGACCCUCGGGAGCGACGACGGGGGGCUGGUGUUCAUCCCGCAGGACUUCGAGGUCGCGGCGGGGGAGAAGAUCGUGUUCAAGAACAACGCCGGGUUCCCGCACAACGUGGUGUUUGACGAGGACGAGAUCCCCGCCGGAGUCGACGCGUCGAAGAUCUCGAUGCCGGAGGAGGACCUCCUCAACGCCAAGGGGGAGACGUACUCCGUCACGCUCACGGCGCCGGGGACUUACUCCUUCUACUGCGCUCCUCACCAAGGGGCCGGCAUGGCCGGAAAGGUCACCGUUAAAUAGACGACGUCGUAUCCUGCCUCCGGAAAUUAAUGCUUAUUUGAAUCAUCUCAUUUUUGUAUUUGAACUCUAUGCAUGAGAUGAUGAUUAUGAUCAUGAUCAUGCUGCUGUGCCUCUGCACUUAUUACACAUUUAUUUUAUCGGAUUAUGUAAAUUUAUUUUGCUAGUCUUGCUUAUAUAUAGCUGGAGAUUCUAUAA